GGGCCGGGACUUCCUCCUCAGGGUGUUUGACAGGGACUGACGCACUCGAGGCCCUUUGACUGCGGGAAGUCCAGGACACACCCAACCUUGAUUGUACUUUCUCGAACACUGAACGCCGGAGCGUAGGUAAAAGGACAGAAGGAAAAACAUUCCAACAUGAGGGACCCGCUGACAGAUUGCUCGUAUAAUAAAGUGUACAAGAACCUAAAGGAGUUUUCUCAAAAUGGAGAGAAUUUCUGCAAGCAGGUCACAUCCAUUCUUCAGCAAAGGGCAAACUUGGAGAUUAACUAUGCCAAAGGACUUCAGAAACUGGUAAUCAAGUUAAGCAAAACAUUACAGAGCACGAAAAAAAACUGUCUCGUCAGUGCCUGGACCUGGGUCUCAGAGGGCAUGAAAUCAGCGGCAGACCUGCAUCAAAAACUUGGCAAAGCAAUUGAGUUGGAAGCAAUAAAACCAACUCAUCAAGUCCUGAGUGUACAUGAAAAGAAGAGAAAAUCACUUGAUAACGAAGUUGAAAAGGCAGCAAAUCUUGUCAUUGGCAACUGGAAUCAACAAAUCAAGUUACAACUGAAGUGUUGCCGCAUGUCAGUAAUGAAGUGCAGUCUAUUGGGGAGACAGAAAUGGAAGCCUAAAAGGAUCCAAAGCUUUUCUCUCAUGCUCUACUUUCUUCGCAGGCAUGGGACUAACUGGAGGCAGAGAAAGAGGGCCAAGAAGAAAUUAAUGGUUAGUACCAAGAAGCAUGAGGCACUUUCCCAUCUUGUAGAAAGCUCCAAGCAAACUGUGACGAAGAAGGAGAAGCAGAAGCUCCUCAGUAAACUGAAAAAAUCGACGGAGAAGUUGGCAAAAGAAGAUGAAAACUACUACCAAAAAAACCUGGCUGGCUGUGCUACCAGACUCAAGUGGGAAAACACACUGGAAAGUUGCUACCAGAGCAUCCUGGAGCUGGAGAAGGAAAGAAUUAAGCUUUUAUACAAUAACUUGAACCAGUACACCCAACAUAUUUCUGUUUUUGGCCAAACCCUGACCACAUGCCACACGCAAAUUCACUGUGCCGUCAGCAAGAUAGAUGUGGAAAAAGAUACCCAGGCUCUCAUGGAAGAAACUGCAGUUUCAUCCACAGAAAAUAAGUCUGAGUUCCUAUUAACCGAUUACCUUGAAGAAGAUCUUAACAGUGCAAUGAAUAAAGAGCGACAAGAGUCUUCAUUAAAAUCAAAACUGUUGAGACUGCAAAAAGAUAUUGAAAAAACCUCAAGAGACCAGGAAGGCCUGGAACGCAUGCUGAAAUCCUACUCCAGGGACGCCGCCUUCUCAGACCCAGAGAGCCAAAAAAUCACAGCAGCCUUGAUGGAUGAGACCAAUUUGAAACUAGACCUUUUGCAAGCAAAUGCCUACAAACUGUCAUCGGUGUUAGCAGAACUCGAGCAAAGACCUCAACCCAGCCAUCCCUGUAGUAACGCCAUCUUCAGGUGGAAAGAAAAGCAACAGACACAUAGUUAUGUAAAAAUAUCUCGGCCUUUUCUUAUGAAGAGAUUAGAGAAUGUUGUGAGCAGGACAUGUCCUGGUGGGCAGAGAAUCCCAAUUUCCUCAUCUACAGCCUCUGGUGUGGCCCAGCUCGGCAGCGGUCUUUGCAAGGCUUUAUAUUCUUUUCAAGCCAGACAAGAUGAUGAAUUAAAUUUGGAAAAAGGCGACAUUGUCACUAUAUACAGGAAACAAGAAGAAGGAUGGUGGUUUGGUUCUCUGAAUGGAAAAAAGGGCCAUUUUCCUGCCGCUUAUGUGGAGGAGCUCCCUUGAAACACUGGGAACCCCGCUACGUAGGCACAAGACAAGAUUCUGAACGCACUGCCUUCCUCUGUCAGCCGUCCAGGGCCGUGCAAAUAAAGACAAAUGGUGUCAUCUUUACAGAUGGAGAACGGA